CUGAAAUGGAGCUGACAGCUUGCCAUUGAGUUACCAGCACACCAUCUAUCAAUAUGGCCACACUGAUGAACGGGAUUAAUCGAGCUCGGGUUAUUAGAAAAUGGAGCAGCACUCGAUCUGUGUCCACCCUGCAAGGCCACCCCCAUAUUUAUACAUUCCCUGAUAGUACACGGCCCGGCCAUCACAUUCUAUCUCUACUACCUUCCGAACCCCCGAAAACAGACCUAGCUAUCGGUUCUACAUCCAAACUCCCCCCUACCCCCGACUCGUUCUCAGAGAACACCAAAUUCCUCGAGAUACUCCAAGACGUGGUCUCGAAACAUGCCACGGAAGAUCCCGAAGUCAAGUCACAGGCUCAAGUGAUGGCGUCUACGUCUGGCGCCAAUCUGGGUUCUGGUGGCCUAUUCUUCGCGGCUGGCCGCAAUCAAAAGCGACUUGGUGGCGAUUCCGCUGGCGGUGCGAGUGGGCAGGGUGGUGCUGGGUCAGGGGGAAGGGGAGGGUGGAUUCAUGUGUCUGAUGGCCGGAGACCACCCGAGUAUGGCCGGAUCGCGUGGCCGGAGGAUAUCUUUGGGAGUGUGGAGGUUGAUGGAAAUGGCGAGUUUGUGGGGAAGAAUGGGAAUUAUCAAUCAAGUGGGACUUAUCGACUCGUGACAAGGGAUGGGAUCCUAGGAUUAAGCCCUUUUCUAAGAGACAAACUUGUCCAGAGGCUUCGUGAGGAAUAGUCAGAUCGAAGCCGUUUUUACAAUUUUGCAAGCGGGAUAGUCCGGCUGAGACUAAUUAACGAACUUUACGAUUGACGAACUGCGAAGGCGAUAAAGCUGAACGCUUCAUUGCUUAGUCUUU